AUGUCCGAGUCUGAGGAAGAGCGCCGGCCUCGACCCAUUGGCGUCGCAGACGGAAGCGAUGAAGACAGCGGCAUGGAGCGAACCGAUGCGGCCGGCGCUAACAACGGGAGCGAGCCUGGGCGGGAUUCGACGGGGGUGGCGGCGCCAGAAGAGGCCACCACUGCAAAGAAGGUCUCAAACAGGCCGCCCGCUUUCUCGGAGAACCACUUGGUCAAGGAGAAAGGGUUGUGGCAGAUCUACAAGGACUUCCCUCAAAAGUGUCAGUACAAGGGCAGGGGACGCGAGGCUGAGUUCCUGCGAGGUCUGAUGGUCGCCUACAAGGAGUGGGGCUACCAGCUGUACCCAGGGGUCGCCUUCGAGGACCUGGCCUGCCGGACGGAGAAGCUGGGCGGCAGGGCCCGCACCCGCAGCCUCUUGCGCGAGCUCCGGGACACGGAGCGGGACCGCGUGUUGGAGGCCAAGUACGGCCGAGAGGCCGUAGACGACGUCCACGCGCAGGAGGCAGCAAGGCUCGCCGCCAAGGAGAGCAAGACGGCGGCCGCCGAGGGGGACCGGGUCGAGGAGCGCGAGGACGAGGAACUCGCGGGUAGUCGGUACGCCAUGGAGGUGGACGGAGACGGGGGCGACGAGGGAAAAAGCGACCGUCAGGUCGCCGCCGAAGGGUCGGCGGCGACCAUGUCGGACCAGGUACGGCAACGCAUCGAGGCGAACCGCCGGUUGGCGCUCGACCGACUGCGCUUGAAGAAACAAGAAGCGGCGGCGGCGGCGGCGUUGGUGGCAGAAAAGGAGAACGACGGGGGUGCUGCUGCCGUGCCCGCUGCGAACGACGGCAGCAGAGAAGUCGAGGAUCCGGAGGAGGAUCUGAUGGACGUAGAUGGCGGCGGCGGGCCGGGCGACAGCUUCGAUGACGACGAAGCGGCGCUUGCGGACAUGGAGGCAGAAGAAAUGGCCGCCCGGCCGGUUGCUGCUGAGGCCUCACGGGGGAAGAACACCGUGGCGGAACCCGGGCCUGCUGCCGUUGUCACGUCCCCUCCUUCGACCUUGGCGGUGGAGAGGGGGGCACGUGCAGCAGGCGCAGGGUGCGCCGGCAGCGUUGACGAAGCAUCGGCAAAAUGCGCUGUUGCUGCAGCAAGGAGUGGCGAGCCCGGUACUACCGCGGGAGAGGAGAGUGGCGGCGAGCUGCCUCCCGCUUCGGAGCCGAGCGCACCAGCCCCAGGCGUAGGCGGCGGGCGAGAGAGAGACGGUGCGAACGAUGAAGCUGCCUCAUUGGGAACGACGGCGGCGGCGUCGGCGGCAGGGGCUGAUGGAAUCACGGGGGGUGCUAAGUUAGAUGAUGCGGUUUUGGGCGGUGGUGAUGGUGGUGGAGGUGCUCCAGAGCCUGUGGCGGCGAACGGAGACGAGGAGGGGGCGUCGUUCAGUAGUCCUGCCAAGUGCAGGGCGGCGGCGGCGGCGGCGGCGAGCGGUUUGCCGCUGUCGCCGCUCGGCAGCCUGUUCGCCGGUACUGAUGUUUCUGCGGAGGGGGGGCUGGCGGUGGCGAGGGAGCCGCUAGGAGGACUCUUCUCGGACGAAAACGUCUAGGUUUCCAUCCGAUGUAUGACCCGCAGCAGAAGUCAGCUGGUAUUGUCCGCAGGCGUAGGAGUCGCUUCAUCAACUGGAGCGGUGUGAUGCUCUACUUUCCCCCCUAUAGCGUAGGAUACUUUCUACCGAAGUGAUUUUUUCCUGCUGUGUUUACGAUACUCAUCCUGACACAGACCCACCGUUGUCGGAAGUCGCGACGUUGGGCACGUCCGCUCGUGUAUUUUGGGGUAGCUUUGCACAGGGGCAGCCUCCGGUUGAUGAUGGGCUACUCGGGAUCCCACAAGCAAAGAAGGUCGUUCUGCUUUGUUUUUUGCCAGGCGUCAAGCAAAUGAUAUUGGAUGGAGACCGUAGUUUUGGCCCUGUGCUCGUCUGAACUCGUGCUGUAGUAAGUAGUGUCUUCAGCUGCCAUGUAUGUACAGGGAGGGGAAGGCACGCGCGGAAUAUGUGUGCGAGGCCGAGGGACUUUGUAAACACCUCGGGUGCAAGAUAAUUAAUCAACGAUAAUAGCGGU